ACGUGUGUAAGGGGACGUAGCCGAGUGGAGUGUUGUCGAGUGUUGCGGGAAAAUGAACCAGAUCUGUGACUGCAGCGUUGCUUUUUCCCCGAGAUUUGACUGAUGUCAACUAUGCGAGCGAUCAAAUAAAUACAUCACUGAAGAUGAGAACUGCCCUUGCUUAUCGACAGGCUGUCCGUUUUUUUGUUGUUUUAGCUGACACGGAUCGGGGCUAACGCGGCUAACUCAGCAUUGCUUCCGUUUACAGCUGCAUUUUGCGUCUUUCCCAUUGACUUGAAAAAGUGAAAAGUGUCCGCCAGGUGAAGUGACAUCGCGUUACACUUUAGCCACGUCAGCCAGCGUUAUCUUGGAGCACCACUGUUCGGACUGACUGAACAGAGGUACUGUUGUGGGGCCAUGGCUCCGAUGGGUAUCCGCCUGUCGCCCCUCGGUGUGGCUGUCUUCUGUCUACUCGGGGUCGGUGUCCUCUACCACCUGUACUCUGGGGUCAUCUCCAACCGCCUGGCUGCGUUCAGACAAAGGAAAAAUGUUGAAUUGAGGGACCUGCUGGCUCUGUCAGUGGAGGCCGCAGUUCUAGGUGGCAAAGAGGUAAAGCGGGUGCAAGAGGAAAAUGGCCUGCAGGAAAAGUCCAAAGGCAAGACCAGAGAAGGGGCCAAUGACCCUCUUACAAUGGGAGACCUCGAGUCCCACAGGAAAAUGUACAAUAUUAUAAGAAAUACAUUUCCUGAAAUCACAGUGAACAGUGAGGAGCACGAUAAUGUUGUGGAUAAGUCCCUGUUAUGGAGCCGGACUAUUCCCAGUGAAAUGGCUGAAAAGAUAAAAGAUCAAAAUGAGGUCCCGGCCGAGAGCGUGACUGUGUGGAUCGACCCUUUGGACGCUACACAGGAGUACACAGAGAGUCUCCUGAAGUAUGUGACAACAAUGGUGUGUGUCGCUGUUGAUGGGAAACCUGUAAUUGGGGUUAUACACCAGCCUUUUAAUGACUUUACAGCGUGGGCUUUGGUUGGACAUGAAACAAACGUCCAUGCCCGAUCGUCUUACAGCAUCACACCUCCAGUAGUCGUCAUUUCACGGUCUCACUCUGGACAUGUGAACAACUAUGUCCAUAAAGCCUUUGGAAACAGCACCACAGUCGUACAAGCUGGUGGGGCAGGAUAUAAGGUGCUCUCGCUGUUGGACCUCCACAUGGGAGAGUCUAUGGCCCAGGCUGAUCUUUAUAUUCACAUCACCUUCAUAAAGAAGUGGGACAUCUGUGCAGGGGAUGCACUCCUCAGGGCCCUGGGAGGUCACAUGACCACUCUCAAAGGGGAAGAGAUCGACUACAGAGACACUCCUCUGAACAAGGGGGGGCUGGUCGCCAGUGUGGGAGUGGACCACAAGGCUGUAGUGGAGAAACUACCACCCUGGGACCCAGAGAAACACUGACACAUGCAUUGAGCUACUGAAGAAAUCUGAUGCAAAAUAAUGAAAGCAAUGUGCGGGACUGAAUAGACAAGAGUGUGAAGGCAAAAACCCACUGAUACAGUGGUACAGAUUUUCCUCAUUCAAAAACAAUGAUGAAGACAUUUGCAAGUGAGCAGCAGAUCUUCCAUCACCACUUCAUCAAAAGAGAAGAGGCACUUGAGGAGCACAAAAUGGACAUUACUAUGGAUUAUGGACUGUCUGGAGACAAGGACUAUGUCAAGGGUCACACUUUUUAGUUUUGACAGGUACAGAACUUUAUAACAAGUAAUUAAAAAUGGUUGUUACAGAUGCACUUCUGGCAUUAUUCAUUACACUGUAUUUCACUGUUGCACUAAAACCCUUCAGCUGAUGGCAGACAAACUAAAAACAGCUAUACUAAGACAUAGUAUUGGACUGUCUGAUUGUUCUUAAGCACAGCCAGUGGCAAAAUAUACAUCUUCACAUCCUUGUGAAUAAAAUAAAAAAAUGUUUACAUGUAUUUUAUAAUCCUUCAUGAUGCUAUCAAAGUAGUGAAAUACAGUCCUAAAUAUGUAAAAAAGAAACUCAAAUUGGUUUGUUUUAGCAUUUAACAGACAGCUAAAGUUAUCGUUUGCCAAAUUCAAGAGCAAACAGGGGGAACUAGAGGGGUCAUAUGCUGUAUUGUACCAAGCAAGCAGUAACAUAUUUUGAAGAAGCCAUUUUGUUAAAAGGACCUAUGAGGAUUCAUCUUUAAGAACCUUAAAUUUAAGUUCAUCAUUUGUUUAUUAAAGAUGUACUCUUCUACUCUAGUUCCUUCACUCACUGUUUAAAAUGAGCUCUUCUCAAUAAUAACUUGCAAAGGAACACAAUAAAAUAAGCUGUUUUUUCUGCUGUGAAAAAAGACACCAGCAACUGAAUAAAAAGAUCUGCACAAUUGUUUUUAGAAAGAUAAAUAUGAAGAUAUUUGUAAAAAGAAGGAAAUUGGCUAUUAGUUUUUGGUCUGUAGAAUCAAAUAUAUAACAGUGUAUAGCAUUUAACCUUGUUCUAAUGGGAUAAUAACAUACAAAAACAAAUAACAGUUGCUGACUUGAGUUGGAAUGCAUGGGUCAUCCAAUCUUAACAGAAGUCUAGUAAACUGGAUCUUGGGCAAGAUGCACUUGUGAUAAAUGCCAAUGAGUUGCAAGUUUACAUAGUAAAUCAUUACAAUGUUGAUAAUAGGCAGAAAAACAAAGCCUUGGGGAUACUGAACAUCUCAUAUGUAAGUUUGUCACUAUUGGCAACAAGAAUGGACCUUUUCUGCAGUAAAUUGAUACAAAAAACUGCAGAGAUAUUUUCAGUAGGGAUGGUCCAAUUGACUUUUGCAGUUGGUUUGACUCUUUGUACAACUGCUGUCUCAAUUUGCCUCCGCUGUGAAUUUAUAAUAAAAUGUUUUUGUGCAUGCAG